AUGACAGAAGAGCUUUCCGGAAACGAUAUUUCCGUGGGACGAGCGUGUGAUCGAUGUCGGAAGCGAAAGCUAGCUAUAGAUAUUCACCUCAGCCGUGUUAGAUCCGCUGUGACAGGACGUCUCCUUGUUCAAAUUGCCGAUCCACAAGAUCAGACUGCAAAGCAUCUAAUCGUCCUACGAGGGAAAAGCGGUCCCGGCGAGGGAAAGAUUGAUCAGAUCGGUAAACGGCUCAGUCGAUUGAACCAUCUUGUCGAAUCGCUGCUAGAGAAUCCAGCGAGAGCGACGAACAAUACAUCUUCCAAACACCCGGAAACAUGCGUCGUUUCUCGCCCUAAGCCAUUACAGACCACAUCUGCCAGUCCACGAAUUGCAGACUGGCCCGUCCGGAAGAUGCCAGAUGAACACACGGAUGAUACUAUGCUAGGACAGUCUUCAUUCAGGGCACAAUCUACAUUUGCUAUUGAUCUCGCACGUACCGUUGUAGGCACGAAUCAACCCACCGGGAGUAAUCAGGAAGUCCAAACACUACUAGACAUGCUGCGCCAUAUUGGAACUGCAUUCAAUGAGCGCCAUUAUUCGUCAAGGCGUUUAUUUCCUCUCAUGACAGCAGCUGCCCCUUUGAAGGAGUAUCAAAUGCCUCCUAUAGAAGCCGCUGUCGCACUUUUGCGAAAGUCAGAGGUUUUGGCAUCCGAUCCAGAUAUCCGAAACACUAACGUCGAAGAAUCUGGUGCACAGAUGAGUUUAGGCUCAAUGUGUCAAAAGAAUAUUGAAAUUGCGCUUUCAAAGUUGACGCUUUAUAUCCAGCCUAGUUACGGCAUGACUCUUGCGCUUGGUCUAGGUGUCACCUAUGCCAUCCACGUCUCCAAUCCAAUACUGGCUGGGAAGCAAUUCCUCUUCUGGAUGAUUUACUUCUUCGAGAAAACAUUGUCUGUCCGACUGGGCCGCUCUUCGAUCAUAUUAGAUCGUGAUAUCGACAUGCCCUCAUCGAAAAAUCUCCAAACGACCAAUACUUACGUUAUGGCAUACUUCUAUCAACUAGUGAAACUUGCCGGCUUGGCUGGGAGAACUUAUGAACAGCUGUACUCAGCAAAUGCGCUCGGUGCAUCUGAAAAUGUCCGGAUACAUCGAGCCCUUGAACUGUCGCAGGAGCUUCACGAAAAUCAUGCAGAGGCACGCGAUGAAAAUCAUUUAUGGGGUCAAUCAACGAGCAACAUUGACGAGAAGGGCCAGAUUGAAUUCAUAGCUGCGUCGGACGAAGUUCUGCGCCUUUCAAUGCUAACUCUCAUCUACCGAGCCAUGCCACCAGGCUCUAGUUCUAGAACAACAUUCGGCCCAGAGUGUAUCACCUCUGCUAGAUGUGCUCUAGAAUCUCACCAAACCAUUGUCCGGGCAUUUGGGAUGCAGGAAUCACCGCUACUCUUAUCGGCAUAUGUAAAUUGGACAAUUCUCUUCACACCAUUCACACCUUUCAUCAUCCUAUUCUGCCAUUGCAUCGAAACACGAGACAAAGAAGAUCUCUACCAGAUGCAUACCUUCCUCAAAUCAAUCGAAUGCGCCUGUCAGCAUUCCAGAACGAUAGCAAAACAUCAUCACCUGUUCUCGGUAUUUUAUUACGUCGCAGUACGUUACACCGAGCUUAGUUCUCCGUCUUCUGCAAUGGAGGAAGAACAGAUACAACUUCGGAGUGAAGUAGAUGCGCAGUUGAGUGCUCUGGGGCUGCAGCCACACACGGCAUACAUUUCUAGUCCCAAUCUGCAUCAAAAUGGGUUGAAAGAUUCCCUGACUAUGGCUAUUGAGCGUAACGAAAGUGACUGGGUGCAGGACCCUUGGCUUGAGAGGUGGUUUUCUUUUAAUCAGCAGAUGAUGGGGUUAUUGGAUGGGAAUGAUUUGCCAUUUUAG